AUGGCUCGAUCGACCUUCCGAUUGUCCGCGGGCUGCCUCGCAUUGCUUGCUUUGGCUUCCUCGUCGACGACCCUCGCUGCGGCUACACCCCCGAAUGCGCCCAAAUCAUACUGCCCCAUCUUCUACUCCGAAUCCCGGCCAUCCUCCGAUUGCGAAGCCAAACAACCAGCGACCUUCCUCCAGACGCCCCAGUCUGCGAGGAGGGCUUCGCUAAAUACAGAAAAGAUUAAAAAUGAGCCCCUCGAGGCUGCAUUUGAGGCCCUGACGGUCAUGCAACAUGACUUCUUCGUGCCUGAUCAAGGGACGUGGCCUGCAGCCAUCGACUGGACUGCUGCAGUCAUGGAGACGAUGCUCUCAGGUGCUCUGACUUCAUUGUCGCAAGCAUUGGCUGUCCUAGACUUUGGCGGACACUCUGACAAGGGUGCCAAACGAAACUUGAUAGACACAUUCUUUACCCAACUCGUGGCCUCAUAUUUUGGCCAAGAUGAUGUUGCAAUUCGUCACCAGGCCUUCGACGAUAUUCUUUGGGUUGUCCUCGGCUGGGUUGACGCCAUGAAAUUUAUCGACAUUCACACCGAGUUAUUCUAUCCUCGGCCUGGGCUCAAUGAGAGCGCAACGCCCGGUCUCGGAGAUGCGCUUCAGAACGGCCCCUGGCACGGCCAAUUUUGGAUUCCUUCUUUUGCCCAUAGAGCUAGAAUCUUUUGGGACCUGGCAUCCAAGGGCUGGGACACUCAACUUUGCGGCGGUGGCAUGAACUGGAACCCUAGGUUGGAGCCUUACAAGAACGCCAUCACCAACGAGCUGUGGAUUUCUGCCUCUAUCCAGAUGUAUCUCUGGUUCCCGGGGGACAACAACACGACCCCUUGGAUCAACAGCGUGAGUGGUGUGAAAGCCACGCGGGAGCCCAAGUACCUUGCUGCUGCCAUUGAAGGCUACAAGUGGCUCACUGGCGUCAACAUGACCAACGAGGCUGGCCUGUACGUUGAUGGCUAUCACGUCGAUAGGUCCAAGCCUGGAAAUACCAACUGUGAUCAGCGCAGUGAGGCAGUCUUCACUUACAACCAGGGCGUUCUCUUGACCGGCCAACGAGGUUUAUGGGCUGCCACAGGAAGCGCAACGUAUCUCGAAGACGGUCACAGACUGAUCCAAGCCGUCAUAAAGGCAUCUGGCUGGGAUUUGGCAUCUGAUAAGCCAGUUGAUGACCUUUCAAACCUUCCUCCGGGAUAUCUGCCCCCUUGGCGGGGACUAGGCCGUGGCGGCAUUAUGGAAGACCGAUGCGAUGCCAGCGCAACCUGCUCGCAAGACGGACAAACCUUCAAGGGCAUCUUCUUCCACCAUUUUGUCGCGUUCUGCCAGCACCUCGACCCAGCAGAUGUCCAGCAAGGCAUGACUGUGAACGUGCAAGCGUACGAGCGUAUCAAGAUGGCCCAUGGAUCCGCGUGUCAGGCGUACUCAAAGUGGAUAGAGCACAACGCAAAGGCGGCUCUCCUGAGCAGAGACCGCGAGGGCCGCUUCGGCACCUGGUGGGGUGCAGGCAUCUUCCAGGGCGUGACGCCAACGAUGGAGACGGACGGCGUCCCUGACAACGAGCCAAACGUGACCGAUUACCGCAACUACGGACUCCCGCAUGAUGGCGUCUGGGCCAACGGAAAUCCAGAUAAGGUGUGGGCACCUAACGGCGCGGCGAAACUGAACCAGACCAGGAGCUAUGUGCUGGUUGGUGGCCAGGAACAAUCUGGACAGCAAGUGUUAGAUCACUCAAAUGGACAGGGACCGCGAGAAGAAGCGGACGUAGACGGAACCGAGCGGCGAGAUCCCGCUGCGGCGACGGCGGCGGCGGGUACGAGCGGCGAUCCGAACGACCGCGGGAGGGGUAGGACCCCCGAGACGCAGAACGGCGGCAUGGCCCUCAUGCGGGCCUGGUGGGAGCUCUCCAAGGGCACUCGCGAACAACAGCGCGCUGGACGAAGAUGA